AUAAACAGUAUAAUAGCGGCAAACGUCCGCCGCCGGCUUCGUCAGUGUCAAGUUCAAUUCGUUGGUACCUCUCUCCAGACUUCGAGUUUAUUUACGAAUGUAUACCACUUAUUCGGCCGCUCACGACGCAUUUUGCUUUCCAUUUCGAUUGGCUACGCACCUAAAACGAAAAUAAAAAUUGAAAGUAACAAUCAACAACAUUCGUGUGUGUGUGUGUGUUGAUAGUGUGGUAUUAAUAGUGCAAACAAAUGGCAUCCCUGGCGCCAAAAGGACCUCAAGAGGAAGUAGUGGAACCGGAAUGGCAACAUUUACCUGAUCGUGUCGCGAAGGCCUUUGAAGGGAAAACGGUUUUUAUCACUGGAGGAACAGGCCUUGUUGGAAAAGUCCUAGUGGAUAAAAUACUACGAUGUUGUCGAGGUGUAAAGAAGAUGUUUUUGCUCGUUAGGGCCAAAAAGGGCAAAUCAGGAAUGGAGCGAAUUGACUCACUGUUUGAAUCUCCACUUUUUGACCUCUUGAAGAGUGAUAAAUCGAACGAUUUCCGAGCUAAAGUAUUUCCGAUCUCCGGUGAUGUCUCUCUAAAAGAUUUGGGUAUCUCUCAUGAGGAUCGUAAACUUCUUGCAGAAGAAGUUAAUAUUGUUUAUCAUAGUGCUGCCAGCGUACGCUUCGAUGAUCCAUUCAAGAAAAUUGUUAUUAUGAACGUUCGAGGAUGCAAAUACAUGCUUGAACUUGCCAACGAAAUUAAAAAUCUACAAUUGUAUUUUCACGUGUCAACAGCAUAUGCGCACACACGAGAAAAAGUCCUUGAAGAAAAAAUGUAUGAUCCUCCAGCAAACCCUCAUGAUGUUUUGAAAUUGAUUGAGUUGCUUAGUGAGGAAGUUCUUGAUACGAUUGCUCCAAAAUUAAUGGAAGGCUAUCCAAAUAGUUACGGCUUUACGAAAGGUUUGGGUGAAGCACUAGUUAACGAAGAAAUCCGAAAAGGAAAACUACCAGUAGUUAUUAUACGGCCAUCUGUUGUAAUUCCAUUGUACCGUUAUCCUUUGCCUGGUUGGUCUGACAACAUGAAUGGCCCUGCAGGGUUACUCAUUGCCGCUGGCAAGGGAGUACUUCGCACGAUGUAUAUGCCAAAAACAACUUACGCCGAUUUCGCACCUGUUGAUCUCGUGGGAAACGCUCUUUGCGUAAUUACCUACGCCUACUUAUCAUAUCCAGAAAACCGUAAAACCUGGAGCGUAAUAAACAUUACCACAUCGUCAGUCGUAAAAUUCACAUGGAAGGAAAUCAUAGAACUGGGUCGCCAUCUUGUGGUAACAAAAGUACCGUUUAACUGGGUACCCUGGUAUCCAGGAGGAGGCGUCACCACCUGCUACUACCACCAUACAAUUAAUUUUUAUUUAAAACAAAUCUUGCCUGCCAUCAUAGGUGACGCCAUUUUAUCAUGUCUACGCAUUGAACCAGUUUUGAUGAAAAUCCAACGACGAAUCAGUAAAGGCUACGAGGUUUUCCAUUACUACACAUCUAAUCAAUGGAAUUUUGUUAAUAAAAAUUUAUUGGCAAUGCGCGAUGAUGUGUUAAACGAGCGCGAAGCUGCUGUUUAUAUGCUGGACGAUGAAAAUCUAGAUAUCGAGAAGUAUUUCUUGAAUUGUAUGAUUGGCGCUAGGCGGUAUUUAAUGCACGAACCGGAUGAAACCCUACCAACUGCAAUGCGUCACAUGAAAGUAAUGUACGCAGUGGAUAAAUUAUUUCAAAUUUUGUUAUAUUAUUUAGCAUUUUGUUUUCUGUACAAGAUCUACCAGUCUAUUUUUUAAGGUUACGUUUAAUGUUAUGUGAUUGUACAUACUAAGAAAGACAUUUGGUUAUACGCUCUAUUAGAUCUGUUUAAUUUUAUUGAAUUAUUUAUGAAUCGAAGUUUGGUGUCAAAUUACUCAGACGUAAAGUUACAACUUUUUUGAGUUUGUAUGUAGAGGUACAGGUCCAUUGUGGUCUGAAAAACGCAUUCUAACCUAAAUCGAGGGAAACGAUGACGCUACAUUAAAUCAUUCAGGUUAUGUUUUUAUUCAAGAUUUGAACCGACCAGUCAAUGCACCACAUUUAUCUUCGGAGACUAUUCGGCAAGAAGCACCAGCAAAUAUUUGGCCAAUUAGGAACCUAUUUGUUAAUAAGUUCAGUAAAAGUCAAAAGUAAUAAUUUAGACAGGAGUAGCGAAUAUGAUGCAUAGAUAAUAUAACUAUAUAUCUAAUUUUUAAGUACGCCGUCUAGAUUUUUACUUGCCAAUUUUUGUAUACGUAUCGAUGACAAAUAAGAGUGUUGGGAAAUUUGUAGUUUUAGAUUUUAAAAAUGAACAUUAUUUAGUGUGUAACAAACUUUCAGGGUUUUGGAUGUUAAGAAUUUGGAAAACCAAUAAUUUUGUACUUGCUUACCUACUUUUAUCGAAUACCGACUACGAGUACAGGAGGAAUGAAAGUUCUUCUGAACUUGAAUUACAUGAAUCAUUUAUUUACUUGAACUUAUGUGUAGAUUGUAAAGAUGAUGAGCAGUUGAUGAUUUUGUAGUGCAAAUUAUAAUAUACAGUAGAAUCCGUU